UGUAGAUUGUAGAUAGUAGAUACGACUAUCACUUUUGUUCCCAGUUCCACUUCCUUUCACUCUCUGGAAAACGAGAAAGGUUUUUACUUUCUAGCUCCGACGACUAGAACCCUACUCAGAGCUCAGCUGACACCGCUCUUCCAUCCAUGAAAUUCCCCCUUCGUUCCAUUCUCGGUGCCUGGCCGGCGGUCAUCCGAGCUCUGGGCCGCCGGAACUUCGCCGCAGCCGCUUCUACGGAGGAAUACGCCAAGCGGAAUUAUGCCAAUAAUGUCUCCGAAUACAACACCGUCGUUGCUUCCCUCACUUCUCAGCGGAGGGGUUAUUUGUUGAGAGAUGUCUACGAUGAUAUGGUGCUGGAUGGAGUGCAGCCGGGUCGAGAUGUCUUCCAUUCUUUGAUUGUUGGAACCAUGAAAAGUGCUCGCUUGCAGGAUGCUUUCUACUUCAGAGAUGAAAUGAAAGCUAUGGGCUUGGUUCCCGAUGUAGCGGUGUACAAUUUCUUAAUUUCGAUGUGUGGCAAGUGCAAGAACUCUGACCAAGCAAUUCAGGUUGGUUGAUGCUGUUGUGAGUUUUCUAGCAAGGCUUAUUAACCUUCUUGUACCCUUUUUAUGCUCACUAGCCAUUGCUUGGGCUCCAAAUGGACAAACCUUUGUGUGUCUACUCAAUGCCUGUGCAGCAACUGGCCGGCUAGAUCGUGUGUAUGUAAUUCUUUCCUUAUGUUAGUUUGUUUGAUAUCUCCAUUUCACUGAUGCUUAGUUUGUAAGGUUAGUAAUUUACUUGGUGCUUCUUUGCUGCAGUUUGUUGUAUAUGGGCCAAUCCACUAGCAAAGUUGUUGAAAUGAUAUUUGAUUAGUAAACUCUCGUCCCAAUAAUUUGUUGGGCUGAGCAGUAGUUGAAAAGCUUGUAUCAAGGUUCAUACUUCAUAAGCACAAUUCUAUUUAUUUUACAUGGUAUAGGUAUGCAAUUGUCCGUGAUAUGACUGCAGCUGGCGCUGGCUUGAACAAGACACCUCGUGGAGAUGAUACAGCCAGCAAGAUUAUUGAGUUAGUCGAGCAAUCAAAGGGAUGGUCAUCGGUUGAUGGAGCAACUUAUGCUGCUGAAAAUGUGGCGAGGGGUGUAUCUGAAGAGGAGUUAUAUAAUUUGCCAACAGCUGAAUACAUUCAUCGGCGUGGAGGGUUCUUGAACAAGAAACUAACUGUGUAUCAUGUUGCACUCCAUGCUUGUGCAGAACUGAAAGAUGUACAGGAUACGGAAGUUUUGUUGGAGAUGCUUCAGAAGGACAAAGAAUCUCCUGAUGUCUUCAUUCUAAUGCAAACAAUGAGGUGCCAUCUACAAUGUGGCGAUCUGGAUCGUGGUCUUGCUAUCUUUGAAGAGUACAUGAAUUCUGGCAAACCUAAUAUGAUGGAGCUCUAUUUGACUCUUAUAGAGGGAGCCAUGGUAGGAUAUACUCCCAAGGGAAUGCAACUUGCACAAGACACACUGGUAAAACUGACCGAGAAGAAUUACUUUUUGAAUCCCAAAAUCGGAAGCGAUCUCCUUCUUGUAGCAGCUGGUGAAGAGACCGGUGGGUACACGACUGCCAAUUACAUAUGGGACUUGAUGCAAGCUCGUAACAUGAUACCCACCUUCCCUGCCGUGGAAGCAUACUACAAAGGCUUGAAGAAACGGGAUAUACCUGAAGAUGAUGCUAGGCUGCUGCUCGUUUCUCGUACUUAUGACAAUCUGCUUGUCAAAUUCGGGCCAAGACCAGGGGUUACGACGAAUAGGCCUCCGAGAACUGCCGAGCCAGAGAUGGAGCAGAAACCCUCUUCAGUAACGGAAGCCAACCAAGCAUAGGCCCUCUUUACAUGACGCAAGUGGAUCAAAAGUCUUCGUUAUUGGCUCCACUUUAAAAGACAAUUUCACAGAGAUACCAGACUGUUUUUCCUUGUAGCCCUUUUUGGGAGGAGGAAACACCACAUGACAUAAUUGUAGGAGUUCCAUGAUAAGCUUGAUUGAUGCUCUUCCAUUUCCAUACCAGUUAGGAAUCAAAAUUUUAUGUUUUGUCCAUCAAUUCGAUUCUUGAAUCUCUCGUUUCUUACGAAGCAUUUGACAAUGGUGACUCUGAAUGGAGUGAAUCUUUUUUAUUGCUUGAAGAAGGGCAUUAGUUUAUCGUUUGAGUUUAUUCGGAGAAGAGUG